UGAUUGCAUUGUGACAUUGGAGUUACUGUUAAAGUAACUGUUCUUCUUAAAGUUGUGAAAAUGUGAACAUAGAAAAUAAACAAUAAAAUGGAAAGGAUUGGUGGAUAGCACACGUUGACGAUCCUUUCCAAUCCACAACUUAGAACAAUUAAUUAGGAGAAGUUCUUAACUGUUAUGUUUAUGAAAUUAUAAAUGAUAACAUCAAUCUAAGAUUUUAUCGAUGGACAAUUUAAAAAUGUAACUAUUCUAUUAAAUGAGCCUUAUCACCAUACUAAUCUAUGCAAAAUGUGUGAUAUGUCGACCAAUAAAGAAGAAAUAACUUCACCGCCAUCCAACCGAAAAGAUGUUGUUUACUCCAUUAAUAGCUAUGAAGACACACGGAACACUAACGUCCCGGUAUCAUAUGACCCUACUGAGUACAUUCAAAAGGUACGUGUGACUAGGGCACUACCACCUAAACCUGCUUACGACCCACUGCAAUUUGUUCAACUAAAACCAUGUAGCUUGGUAAAGACGGCUCAAGAGCAAAUGAAAAAAGUAGACGUUGUUAAAAAAAUUAAAGAUGAGAAAAAAGAAGAGCCGGAGGAGUGGCAAUGUAACUUAGAUAAUUGGAAGUCAUCACGAAGGAAAAGGGUUGAGCAUAUAAUAGAUCGAGUUGUUGAAGUGAAGAAGUUAGAGCUUGAGGAACAUGAUCGCAAUAGGAGAAAAUCCAAAACGUUCAACGAAAUGAUGGAAGAAAGAUGUUCCAGACGUCUUAAAUACCUUCCUAUUUAUACUGAUGAUGAUAACAAUGAUUUGAGUGAUCUUGGGAUAAGCACUUCUGAUUCCUCAAGCCAAAUAGUAGACACAAUCUCUGAGGAUACGUAUAAUGCCACAUCACAAGACAGUUCCACUGACACUGAUUUGAAUGAAUACACAUAUGAGGGAGCAAUUGAAGAUUACAAAAGUAGAAUUUCUCGAGCCACGCAUAUGACUUCGGACAAUAAUCAACGAUACGAAAAUAAUGCAAAUCAGAAUACUUUUUUAGGCACAACACAAAAUACAGCCAACUUCUGCAAAGAGGCUCGGUUAACAACUAAAGAUGAAACAAAUUUAUUCGAAACAUUGUUACCGGAAGUGCCCAAGGUUGAAUUUUCAAAAAGGAAAGAAUUAUUUGAAAAAGACCAAGAUCUACCUUCAGAAAGUGAAUCAAGGAGGCAGUCAUCAGAUUUUGUCAGUACUUUAAGUAUAAAGGAGCGCCUGUCAGUAUUACAGUUAAAUCAAGCACAAGAACCAAACGAGUCCGACAAAUGUCAAAAAACGAUUCCAGACGUUUCUUUUACCGAUUUAAAAAAUAGAUUGGAGAUUUUUGAAAGGGAAAUCAGAACCCUUGCGAAUGAUAAAGAAGGCAAUUUUAAGUCUUCACCACAUAAAAUCUCGAUAGAAGCAUCAAAUGCAAUAGGACAUAAUAUGAAGCUUGCAUCACUAUCGCCGGAUAAGUCAAAAGAAGGAAAUGAACCCUUGGAUAAACCACCGUACUUUUCGAGCAGUUAUAACGAUAUCUUAAAGCAAAAAGCAACAAUGGGGUUGGAUGAAAAUGAGAACAUUGAUACGGAUCGAGAAGACAGUGGUAUUCAUACUACUGACGUUUCUUGUUCUGUUUCUCAGGCGGACGAUCAAAAUGAAGAAGUUGAGCAGCUGACAAAUGAAGAUUCUGAUAUAAAAACAGAUGAAAUUUUACUCAAAGGUCAGUCCACUGCGCUGAUAGAUGAAGUUACUCAAGUAGAAGCCGAUGAAACAAACGAUAUAAAUAUACUAGACGAUGCUUUGGAAAUGGCAUUCCAAGAAAUUGAUAAUAUGGAAUCAACUGUGCCUCAGCCUAUAACCUCUAACACGCAGGAGCCAAUUUACCAAAAUAUUAGCGACAUCAACGACAUCUUGCCGCAGCAUACGGAUGUUAGAAAAUUUGCAGAGAUUGAGCCCUAUUACCAGGUUCCAAAGUCCCAAGAGCCAUACUAUGAAGUACCAAAGACGAAACCGAUUCCAUUGUAUGAAAAUGUUGAUAUAAUGCAGUCUGUAAAUAUUAUUUCUGAAGGCGAUACAGGUACCAAUUUCAACAUCAGCUUGAACCAUCUAGAACCACCGAAAGAGAAACCUCCCCCUCCACCUGUUGACAUAAAACAAGAUGCUGGUGGUUGUAAUGAUUCUACUGCCAGUAACAGUAGUGAAAACUUUAAGCGCAUUAAUUCUACCAAACGUAUUAAGAAAGAGCUACACAACAAGCGAUCAAGCUUUCUUGGAAUUGAUUCAGAAAUGGCAGAUGGAGAUAGAUUGUUAAACUUUCCUACGGCUACUCCUUCAAGAACUGUCGCAUCUUUUUUACAGGAAGAAAAACAGUUAGAAAAGCAAUACAUAUUGAAGGCAGGAUCAUAUGACCAUUCCGAUGCAGCUGAUAGUCGUGACUCAGGAGUAUCGGAAAAUCAUUCACGGCAAAGCAGCGAUUUAUUCACUACUUCAUCGGAAGACCCAGAAGAACUCAUUAAACCAAAAAUAGGAGAAAAUAAAAUAUCGAAAUAUAGAGUCUAUCACAACAGUUCUAUCAACAAUAAUUGCUUCCUGCAAGUUGAUGAUGAGUUUAGGUAUCAAAUGAGCGAUAAUCAUUUGCUGCAACCUGAGGAUAUGACAAACCCUAUUCCUCCUCCAAUUCCGCCAGCGAAGCCGUUGCGUUCUCCACAGUACAUGCAAAAUCAGUACAAUUUUUACAAAGAGCACAGUAAAUCUCUGUCAAACGUAUCAAACUUAGACUAUGGCGAACUGCAGAGCUCUACAGCAUCACCAAGUGAAAACCAUGUUGCUUACCACAACACAUGCAAUAACAUUAGUACAUUAUCCAAUGAAAUUUUACCUUUGUGUGAUCCAACCCGCCUUCUCAAUAACCUACACGCGACUGAAAGUGGAAUAGAUUUAACGAGUUGCAUAUCGAAAAUCAAACCUUCAAAUGAAUGGGCUCAGUAUAGACUGUCGCACGACAUUAAGGAAUUAGCACAGGACGUGUAUCCUUCCCAUAACAGCAUGCUUCAACAACGUAGUUUAACGGAAUGCUCACCGCAGUGGAACGUAAAGGCAAGUAGACAGGCCAACCGAAACAGUGAUUCGUAUGCUCGGCACUGGUUUGUCCAGGAGGCUGAACAGCGCAGGAUUGAGCAACAACAGCAGGCAGCAAGCAGCAAUUAUCUGUCGGGUUACUCUCAGAACAAAAGUGUCAACAGAAAAUCUCUGCCGGAAUCGGUCAUACAAACAAUUACGCAACGGGUACAGAACCUUGGAAUAGGCUCAGAUCGUCGGUGGCAUCCUGAAGGACCCUACCAAGCUAACGAAAAUGGACUAAAAUCUGAACAAUUCAACAAGCAAAACCAUCAGCGGUCAGCUGAGCAUGAUGAAAAAAUUCUUAGUGUUAGUGGGAAGAAGAAGUGCUCUCACUGCAAUAAUGAAUUAGGACGUGGAGCUGCUAUGGUAAUUGAGAGCCUAGGUUUACUAUACCAUAUUGAUUGUUUCAAGUGUUGUGUUUGUCACAUUCGCCUCGGCGAUGGCUUCACGGGCACAGAUGUUCGUGUGCGAAAAUUCAAGUUGCACUGUCAAAAUUGCUUUUCGAGUGAGGAUGGCGUAAAGUUUAGUUGUGUAUAAAAACGAAUAACACGCAAUAAUUAAUAAUUGUAAAUAUAUAUAACUAACUUUAAACACCCUUAUUUUCGUUAAAAAAUUGUUAAUUUUAUAUGUUUAUGAUAUU